AUGUUUCUCCUACUAGUGAUGCAGAGACCUGGAGCUUUACGUUUCACCUCAUGGAUGACAAGAACUGGAGUUCUGUGUUUAACCUUCUUCCAGUUAGCAGACUCUGAGUCGGACUGUGAGUUUGGGGAGAGAUGCACUGGGAAAAGCAAUGAGAACUUUAGCAGCUGGUAUGUGUGGUUCCUGAUGUUGUUUUUCCUGGCCUUGUUCCUGUCCUGUGGGAUCUGCUGCUUCCUGCAGUGCUGGCUGAGAUGGCGGAGCUGCCUCCCCCCCCAGCGCACCGUGGCAGUCUUUGCACUCAGCAGCUCAGAUGCCUUCUGUGCAAGUGAAGCACCUCAGUGUCCAUUCUCCGAAUCUCUGAGCCCCUGCAUGACUGCAGAGAUGUCCUCUUCUCCUGUCCCAUGGUUCAGCCCUGGGGUUUCUGAGUUGCCUCCAUCCUAUGAGGAUAUUAUGAAGGAAAACAAGCUCUAG